AAUCUCUCACUUUAACACAACGUCAUAUCUGAGAGACGUUAGGAGGCGCCCGCAAUGUCCAAACAAUAUUUGACCACGCACACCGUGGAUAACGCCCACAUCACAGACAUCUUCGCCGUGGCAACAACACCAAAGGCUGUGAUUUCAGGCAGUGGAUCCUCGACUUUGCACAUUCACGACUCUACUGACCCUUCUUUCCCUCUGAAACAGUCCAUCUCCGACGCGCACAAACUAGGCUGCCACCAUGUCUGUACCUCCCGUACUGGCAACGUUGCUGCCAGCGCUGGGUUCGGAGGUGAGGUGAAGAUCUGGAUCGUGGACAAGGACACCGGCGAAUGGAGUUUGAAUGGCGAAAUUACCGGACCUUCGGCAAAGCCUGGUGAGGCGUGGGCGUUGGCGCUGAGCGAGGACGGCAAGUAUCUGGCUACGACGACCAACGAUGGCCGAGUCAACGUCUGGAACAUUGUGGAUGAGAACAAACCCAAGAUCCGAGAGUACGAGACCGGAAGCCCUGGAUCUGGAAGUUUCGGCAUGUGCGUGGAUUUGAGCCGGGAUGGCAAAUACACUGCUAGUGGUCACCAGAAUGGAGCAGUUUACAUUUUCAACAAUGACACAGGACGUGUCUUGUAUUCAUUGUCAGGCCUUGCGAAACCGGUGCGGACAGUGUCGUUUUCGCCCGGAAACACUCGUCUUGCCGCAGCUGGUGACGCUGGCAUCAUCGCACUGUACGAUAUGAAGCACGGAGAACACAUCGGAAACCUGACCGGUCACUCCUCAUGGAUCACAGCCGUCGACUGGAGCGACACUGGCGAGUUUCUCCUGAGUGGCUCGAUGGAUGGAAAGGUCAAAGUGUGGUCGAUUGAGCGGAAUGCUUGUGUUGCUACGCACAGCGAGACAGACAAGGCGCUGUGGACAGUGAAAUGGCUUCCGAAGACGGUGAGAAGCGAGAUGUUUGUCACAGCGGGAGCGAACCGCAGUCUUUCCUUCUAUCGGGAGGCCACCGGUAUUUAAGAGACGUCAUAAAAGGACACCACUAACUGUCCCUCAUAACCAAAUCUUCGCCCUCUUUGCAAUCAUUUCCACACAAGUUGGUCCCCUGUGCGAGUAUCCUGGCCCAUCGCACUGGUUGCUGCCUUGGAGGAGGAGAAGCGUGAAAUUCCACGUGACCGCGCUCCAAUCUCGCGUUGCCC